AUGCUCAUCUUUGACAACAGAGCAGUCCCAGCAAGGACUACAGUGGACAAAGCAACCUCUUCUGCUCGCAAAUGGCUUCUUGCCCAAGCAACGGCAUCUCCUACUCAUUCUUCUCCACUUCAGAGUGAGAUACAACUACCUAUUGCCCCGGAUGUGAUUAUAUGUAACACGGAUGCAGCGUGGACCAUGGCUAAGAGAGCAGAAGCGCUAGCAUUGCGAGAGAAGAUACAGGAAGCACAACGCAACCCAUACACCAACGUCUGGUUUCGAACCGACUCUCAGGAGCUCGCAAGAGCUAUAAACUCGAAGACAUAUUCGGUGGAGCUUUUUGGAGUUCUCAUUGAUAUAGAGCUGUUAUCUUCUUAUUUCAGCUUCUUCUUUGUCUCCUUUAUUAGCCGCGACCACAAUGGGGUUGCAGACACUCUUGCAAAGUCUGCUCUCCAUAGCUCGGUCUCGGUCUUGUAA